AUUCGGCGCAGAGUUCAUCGUAAUUUCAAUGUUUAAUUAUUUUUAUAUAUAAAUAAUAAAUCUACACGCAGGAAUUAUUUGUGUCGUAUCGUCUAGAAGUAAUGACAAUGUCAAAUACACAGUGAACUAACGCAGAAGAAUGUUUCUCAAAACUGUUUUAUAAUUGAUUAUUAAUUCUACUGGAUUUAAAUGACUUAAGUGUUUUAUUCACUUAAGCGAUACAAAUGUUGUCUUUAAUGCAAAAAUAACAAAGGUCCUUUGUCUACAUUAAGUUUACUUGACUUGUACGCGAUCAAGCUUUUUGAAAUAAAUCAUUUGUAAUGAAAAUUUAAUCCACGUGACAAUAUCUCUUGCAUAAUACUUUUACUAGUGUAAUCAGAACCAACGCCGAAAGAAUCAUAAUAUUCUUUAAACACAACCUGUUUGUAAACAGAAAGAAUAAGUUUAUUAUUGUAGAAUACGUAAAAAGAAUGGUGUGUAUGAAGAGCUUAGUUUUACCACUGUCGCGUACAUUUGUGACAAAUCUGGUAUCGGUACGGCAAAUGAGUGCUGUUGCCUCAGCAGAUUCUGUAAAAUCUUUAUUUUACAAAGAAUAUGGCGAACCCGUGAAUGUUUUGCACCUUACAAAGCAACCUGUUAGUCAACCAGAAAAUAAUCAAGUUUCUGUACGAUGGUUGUUAGCACCUGUCAAUCCUGCUGACAUAAAUACAAUACAGGGUAAAUAUCCAAGCAAGCCACCUUUACCAGCCACACCGGGAAAUGAAGGAGUAGGUGAAGUGGUAGCUAUUGGAUCUAAUGUAAAAAACUUAAGUAUUGGUGACCGAGUCAUACCAAACGGUGUAAAUUUAGGAACGUGGAGAACAUUGGCAAAUUAUACUCCUGAAGAACUUAUGAAGAUUCCAAAAGAGGUAGGAGCUGUAGAAGCAAGCAUGUUGAAUGUAAAUCCAUGUACUGCGUACAGGAUGCUGAAAGAUUUUGUGGCACUGAAACCUGGAGAUACUGUCAUCCAGAAUGGAGGAAAUUCAUCAGUUGGGCAAAUUGUUAUACAAUUGUGCAAGAUAUGGAAUUAUAAAUCAGUUAGCGUCGUUAGAGAUCGACCGAACAUACAGGAACUGAAGGAUCAUUUAAAAUCUUUGGGUGCAGAUGAAAUCCUCACCGAGGAAGAUAUAAGGAAGACCCAGAUUUUUAAAAGUAAGAAGUUACCCUCGCCAAAGUUGGCUCUCAAUUGUAUAUGUGGACAAAAUGCCUUAGAAGUCCUGAGACAUUUAGGACACGGUGGAAUUAUGGUAACAUACGGUGGAAUGUCGAGAGAACCUUUGACCGUUCCAACUUCUGCGCUUAUCUUUAAGGAUAUAUCUUUGAAAGGAUUUUGGAUGACUGCGUGGACAAAGGCAAAUAUGGAUUCUUCGAAACGUCAAGAUAUGUUUAAAGAAUUGGGCACAUUAUUUAAAGAGAAAAAAUUGAGAGCUCCACCACACAAAUUGGUUCCUUUCUGUCAGUAUGAAGAAGCUGUUCUAAAUGCACUUAGUUCCGAUGGUAAAACUGGAGUUAAGUAUAUUCUAGACAUGACUGGGUCCUAAAGAAAGUUUCGUGUUCGUUUCAUUUUGAUAAUAAAAAAUGCAUUUUAAUGUA